CUAGCCAGCGGUGGUGUCGAAGCUCCCCUCCCGUUUCCAAUCUUUAUUCACGCCGUCAAAACAAGGCCGCUAGAAAUAGAUAACAUAGCUACACCUACGGCGUAACAAAAAACGGAGCACUUACAAAGCCCACCAAACAUUCUACUACCAUUAAGCCAUAGCCGCGAUGAGAACUCCAAUUAAUUCUGCUCAAUUACUGAUGAUGCUCGAAGACAUCAUGCUAUUAUACCGGGUAGAGAGCACAAUUCUCGUACAUCGUUACAUCAGAGCCCGCACAAAACGUGCUAGGCGUGGGAUCAUUGAACAUGCGAGGCAGUACAACAUGAUAAGUAAGGUCCUUCAGCAAUUGAUACACUUGGAACGACUCAUUCAUGUCACUGAUGUGGACUGCAUAGCUAACUUAAGAAUGGAUCGCAACACGUUUGGGAAGUUGUGUCGAAUCCUCACUGAGUGGGGAGGUUUGAGAACAGGGAAAUGCUUAGGUAUCGAAGAACAGGUGGCAAUUUUUGUGGGCGUCUUAGCGCAUCACAAUAAAAACCGCGUUGUUCGUUUCAGUUUUUUUAGGUCUGGGUCGACAGUGUCCCAUUACGUGAACAAGGUUUUAGGGGCUGUUUUGAGUCUCCACAGUGUGUUAUUGUCGAAACCUACGCCCGUGCCCGAUGAUUGCAUUGACCAUAGAUGGAAAUGGUUCAAGGGCUGUCUCGGUGCACUCGAUGGUACACACAUCAACGUACUGGUUAGCAACAGUGACAGACCUCGUUAUCGCACGCGAAAGGGGUCUAUUGCAACGAACACCUUGGCUGUUUACGAUCGCAAUAUGCAGUUCGUUUAUUUCCUACCUGGUUGGGAGGGGUCCGCCGGCGACUCUCGCGUACUCAGGGAUGCUGUGGCGCGACCCAACGGCCUAAGAUUUCCACAGGGCUGUUACUAUUUAUGUGACAACGGCUAUGCCAAUAGCAACGGUUUUUUGACGCCGUACAAAGGGGUUCGAUACCACCUCAAGGAAUGGGGCAUAGGGAAUGCACAGCCACAAAAUCCGAAGGAAUUGUUCAACAUGAGGCAUAGCAAGGCUAGAAAUGUAACUGAGAGAGCCUUUGCUGCGUUGGGGGAUAUUACGUAGUGCGUCUUUUUACCCAAUUCAAACACAAAUCAGGUUAAUCAUGGCGUGUUUCCUUCUCCAUAAUUUUAUUCGCCGCGAUAUGAGCAAUGACCCCUUAGAAGCAGCGGUUGAUGGAGAGAGCUCAACAAACACCCCUGAUCAAGAUUAUAUCCAGCACGAAUACAUAAACUAUGUAGACCCAACUCCAGAAUGGACUCAAUUCAGAGACUCCAUUGCAAUGACCAUGUGAAACAAUAGAUAGACUUUGUUGCUAUCAUGUUAUUAGAUCCACAGUUUAAUUUGUUAACAACUUUGUACUUGAACAAUUUAAAUAGCACUGCAUUUUGUUCUA